AUGCCAUCUUCGUCCUCAAAAUCCGGUCAUAGUGAAUCUUAUGACCUGGUCUGCGUGGGAUUCGGGCCAGCUUCUCUAGCAAUUGCCAUCGCAUUACACGAUGCUUUAGAAGGUGCAAUUCAGAGAAAACACUACAAGAAACUCAAAAUUUGCUUUCUAGAAAAACAGCAGCAAUUUGCAUGGCAUGCCGGUAUGAUGGUCCCCGGAUCCAAGAUGCAAAUAUCAUUCAUCAAAGAUCUAGCCACGGUCCGUGAUCCACGGAGUGAGUUUACAUUCUUGAACUACUUGAAAAGCCAGGGAAGGCUUGUGGACUUCACGAAUCUAGGAACCUUUUUGCCGUCACGGUUGGAGUUUGGGGACUAUAUGCGCUGGUGUGCCAGUCGUUUUGUGGAUAUUGUGGCGUACGGUCAGGAGGUGUUGGAAGUUACAGAAGCUGCCUCUGGAACUGGUUCAUCUGGAAAGAUCGAAUCCUUUAUCGUCAAGUCAAGAGACGUCAAAUCUGGUCAGGUAAUUUCGCGGCAGGCCAAAAAUGUGAUAAUUGCGGUUGGAGGGAAGCCUAGGAUCCCGCCAGGUAUUCCUCAUCAUCCACGAGUUCUGCACUCGUCCAAUUACUGUACGAGAAUCCUCGACGUGCUGAGAGAUACUUCAAAACCGUAUCACGUUGCAGUUUUGGGAAGCGGGCAGAGCGCAGCGGAGAUCUUCCAUGAUCUAUAUCAACGGUAUCCGAAUGCGAAGACGACACUGAUAAUGAGGGAUUCCGCUCUGCGACCAAGUGACGAUUCACCUUUUGUAAAUGAGAUUUUCAAUCCGGAAAGAAUUGACGCGUUUUACGCUACCACCGACGAGGAGCGCCAAAAGUCAAUCAGCUCUGACCGUGCGACAAACUAUGGUGUGGUUCGAAUGGAGCUCAUCGAGCAGAUAUACCACGAUAUGUAUAUGCAAAAGGUCAAGAGCAAAGACCAGAACGAUUGGCAGCGAGUCGUUCUUCCACGAAGAGAAAUUGUACAUAUCGACCAGUCGGCUCCGGAUGGCCGGCUCGUAGUUCAUAUCCGCUCGAUUCAAAAUCGGGCCAACACCACAGAAGAGGAAGUCCUGUAUCUAGACGCUUUGAUCGUUGCAACAGGUUACACACGAAGUACGCACGAGGAACUGUGCGCUUCGAUUGAGCACCUCAAGCCGUCAUAUGCAGGUACGGAUCCGGAAGUGAGCAGCUGGAAAGUGAAUCGCGAUUAUAGCCUGGCCCUAGACCGCGACAAAGUCGGCUCGGGCACUAAUAUUUGGCUCCAAGGUUGCAACGAAAGCACUCAUGGAAUCAGUGACAGUUUGCUUUCCGUGCUGGCUACACGAAGUGGGGAGAUGGUGGAAUCGAUAUUUGGUGAUUACCUCAAUGGGUUAAGGACUGCUGGCAGUGGAAAGAGCGGUGUUCGUUCCAUGUUAUAG